CCUUCUGCACCAUGAAGAGAUGUACUGUAUCCUAUAUACUUUAUCCUACGCAUCCUCCCCACUGUACCGGCAGCCCGCCCCCCGUGCCCCCCGUAUGGGACGUGAUCAAGGAGGAGGAGUUCGACGAGGGGGAGUUUGUGGAGCUGUUCGCCCGCACCGCCCCCGCCCCCCACACCAAGCCCCCCACCACCAGGACCGUCAAGAUCAAGGUGGCCAAGGUGCUGGACAGCAAGCGGUCCCAGAACGUCGGCAUCUUCAUCACCAGCCAACACCUCGACAUCGUCGACGUGGAGAACGCUGUGUACAACCUGGACACGACGCUGCUGGACCUGGAGGUGCUGCAGCAGAUCUACGAAGUGCGCGGCACUCCCGAGGAGAUUCUGCUCAUCCGAGCGCAGGUUGAGGCGGACCCUGACCUACCGCUGGACAAACCUGAGCAGUUCCUGCUGGAGCUGUCGCGUAUGAACGAGUUCAGCGAGCGUCUCUCCUGCAUCCUCUUCCGUGCCUCCUUCGGUGACCUCCUGCAGCAGCUGCGUGCCAAGCUGCAGCUGCUGCUCUCUACCAUGCAGCACCUGAUGACGUCACAGCCCCUCAAGCGAGUGUUCGGCCUCAUCCUUGCCCUCGGGAAUUACAUGAACGGCGGCAACCGCCAGCGCGGUCAGGCGGACGGGUUCGGGCUGGAAAUCCUGCCGAAACUGAAGGACGUGAAGAGCUCACAGAACUCCUUCACUCUCCUACACUUCAUAGUCAUUAAAUAUAUCCAGAAAUACGAAGGGGAAGACGCGGGCACCGACAAAGUUGAGCUCCCUACCCCUGAUCCCUACGUUGCCGAGAAGGUUGCGAAUUUUAAAUUUGAGGAUCUUCAGGCCGAGCUGAAGUCCUUGGCCGCGAACUUGAAGGAUUGCGAGGUCAGAGUAGGACGCGUGGUUGAGAGGUCAGAUGAGGCUCACAGGGAGCCUUUCCAGGGGAAGAUGAACGAGUUCCUGGCCUCUGCUACUACUGACCUCCAGCAGGAGGGGGAGGCCCUACGACGCUGCCAGAAAAAGUUCGACCAGGUCGUAAAGUACUUCCAGUUCAGUAACCGCGGCAAGGAGGUGACGCCCUACGACUUCUUCAGCGUGUGGUCGCCCUUCUGCAGGGACUUCGCCACCAUCUGGACGCUGGAGCAGCGGCGCGUCGCUAAGGAGCGGAUGAAGGCCGCCAUGGGGAACGCCAAGCGCCUCAAGACCGCCACCAACCCCGACAUCGUCACCAAACCUCCCCAGGCCACGGGGCUCAAGAGCAAGUUUAGGAGGAGGAAGGAGGGGAAUGAGUGAGGGGAGGGGUUGUGAGGGUAGUGGGUGAGAGGAAUGAGUGUAGGUAGUGAAUGAGUAAUGGGAGUAAGUGAAGUGAAUGGGUGAGGGGAGUGAGUGAGGGUGGUGAGUGAAAGCUGUAAGUCAUGGAAUUGACAUCAUGAAUGAAGCUUUGUAGUCGUUCCUAUCGUACUGUAAAUAUUAUCGUAUAAUUUAUUGUAUUGUACAUAGCAUCGUGGCAUUUAUCGUGAUCCUUUGGUAAUUUAUUCGCUGUACAGUAUAAGUGCCCAUCGAUUUACCUGCAUUUUACCUCGCGCUAUUUACUGUACACUUGUAUCUCUUCCAAGCUUGAUUGUCGCUACAAUUGAACCCUUUUUGAACCUAGCAUUUAUUGUCGACCUACAAUUAGCUGUUAUUCAUUUACACGCCUCUUCAUUGUCAGCGAUGUUGUAUGCAUUGCAUUAUUGUGUCUCGUGUAGUAAAAUUGUCUACGUGUC